AGUUGACUAGGGAAAACUUUUCCCCGGAAACAAAUAGGGAACCGGAAACCACUCCCUGAACGGAUUAUAAUUGGAUAACACAGAUUUUUGGAAUAACCAAGUCGUCUCAAUGUCGUCCAACCUUAGGAUUAAGGAUGAUCUCUACUCCAAACCAACGGUUCCGAAUCUCGACGAUCCUCAGAAGCCCCCAUUUUCCUUGUUCCCAGCUCAAUUUUACAAAAAUCUCUUCGCAGCCUCCGCUUCGCUUCUACAACAAAAACCACCAUCUGCAACAACUAUUCAAACUCCAUCCCCCCAUCCGCCCUCCCAACAUCAUCACCACCUCCAACAUCAUUCCUCCCUGGAAGAUGAGAAAGCGGAAGAUCUUUCAACUCCCGGUCCAUCACCCUAUCCGCACUUCCCCCGGAAUCUCCUCUUCUCGCCUGCCUCACCACCGACUUCGACCACCCACGAAGAUGAAGAUCAACCAUCGGCGGGGGCCGGCAGCAACAAACAUCACCCACCACCCACUACCCCACCCCCACAUAGACCCAGCUCCUCCACAUCCUCCUCCCUUUUGAUGGCGACCGGGGAGGAUGUGAAAAAUGUUGUUUCCAGCAGCUCCAAUGAGCAGCAGCAUCAACAAUCCCACCAGCACCAUCAUCAACAACAGCAGCUGCAGCAUCUUCAAUCCCUGCAGUUGCAACAGCAACAAUCCCAACAUCACCAAGGCCAGGGAAGGCAGCAAAGUGAGAAAACGCCAUCAUCCUUCCCGUGGCUCUCGGACAGCACCAACAACAACGACUACAGUAAGGCGAACAACAACAACUGUCGAAGCCAUCCGCCGGAAGACAGCAAAUCCAGCCUCGGAUCACCGCGAGUUUCCGGAAGUCAUCUGCAUCACCACUUGCAGCAUCAUCAAAUCCAAGGCCCAGGGCCACAUUCCCACCAACAACAACAGCAGCAGCAGCAGCAGCAAGGACAGCUGUCCUCCUCCUCUCAUCCUCACUCGGACGGGGCAACCCCCGAUAGCAGCAGCACCACGGCGACCGCAGCCAUUCCCAACUUCAACCAGAUGCCCGUCCCGGGGGGUGUCCAGGGCCAGAACCCGACCCAAGGGCUGGUCCACUGGAUGAGCGCCGUCAUGGCCGAACACAUGACCGGGAACUCGCACCACGAUCCGGCCGUCGGGAUGCACUACAUGUGGAACGGACCAGUGGAGCAAUGCGGCCAACACACCAAGGAUAUGGACUCCUACAGCGGCUGGCCAGCGCCGAGAAACCACAUGUCCAUGAAGCAAGGAUAUGAGGCCAAAAUGAACGCGGUUGACCAUCAUCAUCACAAUAAUCUACAAAAAGGUCACAUGAUCGACGAUGGCCGGCUGCUGGACCACCACCAUCAUCAUCAUCACCAUGGAAUGCAAUCGGCGGCCCAGAUGAGCCAACUCUAUGGAGCCCGAGGAGCUCCCGGAGCCAACGGAUCCCCCGGAGGUCACCACGUGCAUCCGAACUCCGCAGCCCUCCUGGUAGUUCCUCAACCCAUCAGCGCCACCAAGCUUGGACCGGGCCUUCCGAAUGGAACAGGCCGGAAGUACCAGUGCAAAAUGUGCCCUCAGAUUUUCACAUCGAAAGCCGAUCUUCAGCUGCACACACAGAUUCAUAUGCGCGAGGCGAAACCCUACAAAUGUUCCCAGUGUCAGAAAGCGUUCGCAAAUUCUAGCUACCUGUCCCAGCACACCCGGAUACACUUGGGCAUCAAGCCAUACCGAUGCGAAAUUUGCCAACGCAAGUUCACCCAGCUGUCGCACCUACAGCAGCACAUCCGAACGCACACCGGAGACAAACCGUACAAAUGUCGUCACCAGAACUGUAUGAAAGCAUUUUCCCAACUAUCCAAUCUGCAGUCACAUUCCCGCUGUCAUCAGACCGAUAAACCGUUCAAAUGCAAUUCCUGCUACAAGUGUUUUACCGAUGAAUCUGCUUUGUUGGAUCACAUUCCAAAGCACAAGGAAUCGAAACACCUAAAGACACACAUCUGUCAGUACUGUGGAAAGUCUUACACGCAGGAAACGUACCUAUCCAAGCACAUGCAGAAACAUGCUGAGAGAACCGAUAAGCGACCACCGAUUGGAACCCGAAGUAGUAGCAGCACUCUCAACUUGAACACGAAUAACAACUCCAACACUACCACGGUCACUCCGGCCUCUUCGAUGCCAACUAGCACAGGCACCGCAACGGGAGGAGACAACCCGUACUGGCCAAAAGUGAGUCCCGAUUCAGCGGCCAACAUGACGGAUGUGCUGCAACAGCAACAAUCUCAAACCCAACCGAGCCAUCACGACUUUAACCUGAAUCAAAACGGCAACAAUCAAACGCCAAACGGGCACAGCAAUGACCUGCACCACCACCGGGAUGAAAACGUUGAAGAUCUGGUAUCGUCCGGAGGUCGACAGAACUCCACAACUAUGAACGGACCGAAUCCAACGCCCAACGGAACCAUCUCGCUCCCACCAUCCUCGACGCCAAUGUCCGCUACCAGCUACGACAGCAUAGCCGUGAAGGCCACGUCCUCGUCUGCGCCAACCAAUUCCGCUUUCACUCCGAUCAACGCGAUGGCACCGCAUCUGAACACCCUGCAGCACCAUCACCAUCCCUCGGUUCACCAUCAGCUGGCUCAGAGGCCACCGGCUUAUCUGUACGAUGCCAUCGGGUUUCCAACCGGAAGUGGCAAUCCGCAGGCCAAGGUCGGAGGCUUAAAUCAUCAAGGAGGUGGAAAUCAAACUGGUCCCGGAGCUAGCUUCCCGAAUCAGUUGAUCUCGCUGCAUCAGAUCCGUAACUACGCCCAUCAACCGGGUGGAGGUUUGAUGGCCACCGGAGAGAAUUUGCUGGGAGUGACCGUGGGUGCCGGUGGAAAGGAUAAGGGUUAGAAACCAUGCGCGUUGAUACACCGGCAGUUAGAGACAAGUGGCGAAAUUUAGAAUGGAAUGUGAAACUGUAAAUUGAUGUUGAAAAUUUUAGGUUCAUAACAGAAUUUUUAAAUUUAUAUUUUUAGGUUGUAACAGGUUUUGCUGGGUCAAAAAAUCAAUAUAUCUUGAAUUAGAAGAAAUCGCUUCAGAUUUGAGGAAAUUAUAUUGGUUCAAACUAUAAUAUUGAAAACUUCAACAACUUUGUAGUACGUUGCAUAGUCAUAUAAAAAAAAAGUUGCAUUAUAGAAUGAUCGUAUAAAAUUCGCAAAAACAGCAUUUACCUACCAAAGUUGAGGCAAUAUACAUACUUUUAAAUUCAGGCUAAAGCGAUGAGAGCAAUACGAAUUGAACGAUAUUCGACGCCUUAUUCGUACAUGCUGAAAGAAUGCAAGAGAGUACAUGUUUUUUCUCUCAACGCAUGCAAACUGAUUGGUUACAUUGCUUUUCACAGAAAGAACAACAAGGCUGUUUUCAUAUUUUAGGCCUGCGCGAGAACAAAUUUAGCGAAUUCAUCUUCGGAUUCUGCAAACAUGGCGGUGUAUGCAAACUAUUGCCGGCGAAAAUAUUUGCUGCUUCUCUCAUCGCAUAAUUUUUCUAAAUGAACCAUCUGAUUUUUAGUAAUAUGGUUGCGCAGAGAGAACAACAAGUCUCUUUUCUGUUUUGAAUCCCGCGCGAGAGAACAAAUUUUCAAAAAUGGCGGACUAUUUAUCAAAUCCGAUUUAUACCGAUUUUGAGUAAACAUUUUUACGAUCGUCUACUUAUUUGGUAAGAAUUGCGAUUCGCAUUACACUGCUUAAGAUUUGAUCUAUCAUUUCGAAUGCGAUUUUAUGUUUGCUGUGUGGUUUCACCGUUUCACCCUAUGGUACUACAUCAAGGGAUAGGGUUUGCUCAUGCACUUAUACAUCUCACCCUUUUUACUUCAUCCUCCUUCUACUUUCCCUCUUUCGCCAACUUCAGACUGGUAUGUAAGACACCGAGACGUGUGCCGAUUAGGUAACGCUUUCAAAAUAACUCGCGUCCGUUACAGCAUUUCCAACCACCAGGACAAGGCCGAUUGGGAAACUGCCAAGCUAGAAUCCCGUCACAACCACCCCCGGAUAGUUUCUCCGCUUCCUCUUGCUGCAGCAAAGAUGAGACCUUUUAAGUCUCACCGAACGUAUGAGUCCUGAUCAGGGCUAAACCGCGCCCUAAGAUUGCGUUGCUUUUGAUUGGUAGCGUCAUACGAGGCCCAAGACCUUCCUUUAGCUUAUUAAGUUAGAUUGACUAUCUCUCCGUUCAUCCUCUCUCCUGAUUCGUAAUAAAUCGCACAUGAUCUACGAGAUCUCGUCGUUUAUGGUCCGCCACAAACGUUCGUCGUGACACAUUUCAUUCCGCCUCGACAUGAACCUGGACCAGAAGAAUAUUGCAUGUUCUGCCGAUUCCUCCGUAUCAACGCAUUCGGGCAAUAUGGCGAGCUGAUAAGCUUAAACCUAUGAAAGUAUUGCUUAAAACACCCAUGACCCGAAAGGAACUGCGUCAGCCUGAUGUUGACCUCUCCCUACUUCAUAUUUACCCAGUCUGAAAUCCGUUGCUCGAUGCGUCCCAUUGCUCCUGUCACUUGAGUAUUGAUGCUGCUCGUUGAGCUCUACGCACUCCUCUGACAGCUUUUGCUACGCAACAUUCUUAAUCCUCCGCCAGAGUGAUGUCGAUGGGAAUCAUGCCCGCGAUGACAAAAGCUACAUCUGUUGAGAUGAUCUUAUAUGCACAGAAAACUCGCAUGGCUAUCAGCCGAUGUGUGCUCCGUUAUUUAUAUAUGUUGCGCUCCACCUCUAAAGCUAAGCUCCAGUCCGCUCCUCCUUAUCGUAGUUUCGAUAGUGUCACGCUCGCAAGGAGACGUCACCUGCUACGCUUUGGAUUAUGGCAGUUCAGCAUAAUCCAGGCCAGAGAGUUGAUGAUUUUCGACGUACUAUCACAACAGUAUUUGACAUGUACACCGAAAUUUAAGCGGCUGUCGAAGUAUUUCAACUGUUGGAGUGAGUUGGGGUGUCUUCCAACAGUAAUCUCUAUGUGCGGCACAACUCGUUUGUUGGUCACGAAUAGUACCUUGGUUUUAUGGUGAGCUAUCUGAAGCUUGACUCCUUCCAUGCUUAUACCAACCCUUUCUACAGACACCGAUGCAAUGUCUUCAACCUCCUCAAUUGUUUCGCCGGUGAUCAUUAGCACGAUAUCGUCAGCAAAUCCGACCAUCUACGUGCCUGCUUGUUAUUUCAGCGUUAACACCUUUUAAUACAUUGUAUUCCAGAGCAUGGGUCUAAAUAUGGAACCCUGUGGUUCCAUAUUUAGACCAUAUUGUAACCCGGUUUCGAUUUCGAAGGUGUGUGGGUUAUACUGAACACUACUAAUGCCCUAUGCAUAUAUGAGCGCCCUUCCCUCUAACUCGCUAGUCGUGGUUAUGCAUCACUAUUACAACAGACCUUAUUUGUGGCCACCCGGUCACCAAUCAGGUUAAUAUCAGUUUGGCAUUAUGUGGUUUCCACAAUGGCGAUCCUUCCAGGAACCAAAUUUUUGGGCCAACUAUUGAGUUAAAAACAAAUGGUCGAUGGAAAAUGGUUAAUCCAAAUGUAAUUUAAAUACAAAGUACAAUAUUUCAAAUUGUAUAUGAAGCGAGCCUGAAUGGCUGCGCAAGUAGCGAGCUUGAAUAGCUGCGCGUUAAGCGAACCCGAAAGGUUGCGCAAUGAGCGAACCUCAGUGGUUGCGCAUGAAGCGAGCCUGAAUGGCUGCGCAAGUAGCGAGCUUGAAUAGCUGCGCGUUAAGCGCACCCGAAUGGUUGUGCAUUGGGCGAGCAUGAGUAGCUGCGCGUGGGCGAACCUCGGUGGUUGAGCAUGAAGCGAGCCUGAAUGGCUGCGCAAGCAGCGAGCUUGAAUAGCUGCGCGUUAAGCGAACCCGAAAGGUUGCGCAAUGAGCGAACCUCAGUGGUUGCGCAUGAAGUGAACCUGAAUGACUGCGCAAGUAGGUUGCGCAUGAAGUGAGCCAGAAUACAUACGCAUGUAGGGAGCGAGCUUGACUAGCUGCGCUUUAAACAAACCCGAGUGGUUACGUAUGAAGCGAACCCGAGUUGUUUGGCAUUAAGUGAGCUUCAGUAGCCGUGCGUUAAGCGGCCCGGAGCGGUUGCGCAUUGAACGAGCUAAAGUAGCUGCGCAUGAAGCGAGCCUGAAUGGCUGCGCAUGUGGCGGGCUUCAGUAGUUACGCGUUAAACAAACUCAAGUGGUUGCGCAUUUAGCACACUCGAAUGGUUUAUCAAGCCCGAGUGGUCGUACAUUGAGCGAGUCUAAGUGGCCGUGGAGUGCUUGUGCGUUAAGUGAUCAGUGGCAAUUUAGCGAGUUUAAAUUGCGGCAUGAUAAGCGUGUUUAAGUGGCUGUGCGACAAAUGAGCCAACUAGAGCUAGAGAUGCUGCGUAGCAAGCGAGCUUGAAUGACUGCGCUAGACCUAGAUUGAACAGCUGCAUGAUGCACAGUUUUGUGCAAUAAGCAUGUCUUGGGAAAAGGAGGUGACGCGAAUCUGAACGUCAAAAUCUGCAAUAUAAAAGAAUUGCAACUGGAUGUUCAACAUGCAAAUACCAAACAACUCGGUCAAUGUGGUCAAAGCUGAACAAACAUCCGCAGAGAAAUUUAUAAUAUAGCUUCCGUGCAUGAUACUUUGUUAGGCGCAUUCAAACUUAAACGUGCAUGGUUUGUGAUGAUCGCUCGAUCAUUUGUCCUAUGUGUUCCUGUGCAAUUCUGAUUUAUGCCGGGAAAGGGACCGCUUAGAGGAGCAACUUCGGGCCACACGUCUUGCCUCGUCGGUCGUCGGGAAUCAAGAGCCCGCCUCAGCAUGGCGACUGUUACCAAGAGCCCGGAGCAAAAGUGCUCAUUAGAAGGGCCCGUGCCUCGAGCUUUCACCAUAUGUAUGUUCAGGUCUCAUCACUACAUUAGGGUGUCCCACACAGUUCCUCGAAGAGGUUGUUCGUUGAAUGAAGCUAUCGUCAAUUUUGCCAGCGUCGAGCUCAUGCCGGCAAGAGAGUGCUAUGCGGGAAUGCAAGAAUCCAGAAUGAAAGUUUACGACUGUGGGUCGUUAGUUGGCACUGUUCAGACAAAGGACUGCGCUGUUUAAGUCAUUCUUGAAGCGCAUUGAUGAUCCAUUCGAUAAUUCACAUUGAUUAUAGCAGCACACCAUGAUCAUCACGGCAAGCAAUCAUGGUUCGUUAUUCCCUUUGCUCCGGCGGGUAAAGGAGAAACAACCAGUGCAGCGGUCGAAGCUUGGAUGGACACCUUCGAUUUUGGUGAACUCCUCCUUGCAUUGCAACCAUCAUUACAACAACCGAAAGAUACUACUGUUUUUUUCAGUACUUUUGUUUUUGGGAGAGGAGGGUGAAUGUGUGGGUUAUACUGAACACUACUAAUGCCCUAUGCAUAUAUGAGCGCCCUUCCCCCUAACUCGCUAGUCGUGGUUAUGCAUCACUAUUACAACAGACCUUAUUUGUGGCCACCCGGUCACCAAUCAGGUUAAUAUCAGUUUGGCAUUAUGUGGUUUCCACAGAAGGUUAAGACGCGAUUUACAAAAAUGCUUUCUAUUAUCCUGCCUGAUACCCUCAUCGGGAACACGCAUUCUGUGAAACGCUUUGACACUAGCUUCCCAGCUAGCGUUGAUGAAUGGCAUUUUGAACAUCAAUCGUCACAACGGUACAAUGACGAACACCUUUCCUCUUCUUUUGAUAUGCGCGUUUCGCGUGUUCUGGCACCAUUCGGAUGGCGUCUACUGUGAAUCUCCCUUUCCGGAAACCGAAUUAUCUGUUCGACUGUUCACUUUCACCCUCUGUGCAGAUAGCUAGUCUGUAGAAGACUAACCUCUCUUGUAGUUUACCAAGGGUAUCCAAUAGACAGAUGACGGAUGCCCUGGGGGUUUUAUCGGUUUCGGUAGUAACACCGGCUUCGCAGUUUUCCACAGGUUGAGGAAAGAUUCCUCGUCGAGACACUUUUGUAACACCACUCUGAAAGUAUCUAGAACAGGGAAGCAAAUCGAACCGAUCUUAUAACGAUAACUGGUUUAUCACUUGUGUAACACUUAGCGAUAAAUAUGAGAACGUGAUGACUUCUCAUUCCUUUCCAAUGCCGAUCAAGAUAACUCGUUCGAACUUCAGAUUUCUUGAUGUGCGCCCCGCGCAAUUGUUGGUAUUUUUUGUUAGUGCGUCUACCGAUCGGGUCGGCCCGGCCCGGCACCUUGAGCGCCAUCAAGCAAUUGUUGGUAAUUUUGUUGGUGCGUUUACCGGUCGGGUCGGCCGGCACCUUGUGCAUCAAGCAAUUGUGAGUGUCCUCUUUGGGUGCCAGCAAAUUGUUGUUGCAUAUCCUUAACGUUACGAGAGACGAUAAAUUUGAAUCGGUAAGCACAACUUAUCGAGAGCAAAAUUGAAGUUGAUAAGCGUUAGGUAUAGUGUUCUUGAGGAUGAAAAUCUCUCUCACGGGUGUUUUGAUCGGCAAAUUCUAUCGGAGGAUAACGAUUUUUGGAUUCCCUUAUCUAGAAUGGUCUGUAUCGUCAUUUUCAUCACUUAAUCCGGGAUUCCGUCCGGGCUAAGGGCCUUCAUAACCGUAAGUUUCUUAGCAAUGUCCACAAGUUCCUCGUACGUUACUGGCUUGCUAUCGUGGACUCCCGCGUCGGACACUUUUCGGUCGGCGACCUCGAGCCACCAAAUCUCGCUAGUGUAACUCUAUAGGCUUGACCCUGGACAUGGUCAUGUCGCACACCACUACUUUCAUUGUCGUAAGCUGUUCAGCGUUUUGCACUUGCGAUGAUCCCUGCAUGUUUAUAGCUUCGACGCAGACUUCCUGAUCAAAAGCAUUUGUCUUCCAUCUCCGCUCUUGGACCGGCGGAUGUCUCGCAACCACAAGGUUUCGGCGUCUUACGCUAUAGCGUAUCACUUGGUGAUCGAUGUGACAUCAAUCACUGACGUUGUGUUAGGUAUUCCAUGCUUGCGAAAGGAGCUGGUAACUCCAGUGUAACACAGCUCAACCUCCAGUCUAGCGAAUGCCUCUAGUAAGUUGUGGUCUUUAGGGCUAUUGCACCUGCUACCCCAGUCAUCCGUCCAAGCGUUAAAGUCUUCUCCUAUCACUAGAGGGGCCUUCCCUGUCAAUUUGUGAGCGAGUUCAUCCAACAUUGUGUUGAUCUCCCCGAUCGUCCAUCUUGGUGGAGCGUAGCAGCUGCAGAAGAAGAUGCCGUUAAUUUCUGCACUCACGAACCUGUCACUAACUCCUGAAUGGAAAAAGCCCGGUGAGGUAGACAUCAGCUAAGCCAGACCAGCCAAACCCAGUUACCAUUUCCAAACGGAAUUCUGUAUGAUUCUGACAAAAGCACCGAAUCGCAUUUCUUUUCUCCUACCGUUUGCUGUAGCAGACGCUCCUAGUAAACAUACAAUCGCAUUAGAAAUGAUAGAUCAUGUCGUUAACAGCGUUACUGCGAAUCGCAAUUCUAUCCAAACGAGUAAACAAUCGUAAAAAUGAUUACUUGAAGUCGGUUAAAGUCGGAUAUGAUAAAAAUUCCGCCGUGUUUGCAGAUUUUGAAGACUAUAUCGCUCAAUUUGCUCUUCCGCAUCGGCUUUAAGUGAGAAAUCAUCAAUAUUGUUCUCUCUGCAAAUUAGACAGUGUAUUCGAAAGAAUUGUCCAAUGAGAAAAGCAGCAAAUAUUAAUACUGGCGGCAACUCAGCAAACAUUUUUGUAGCUAUAUUCUAAUUCUGUUUUGAUAUACGUUCCAUAUACAUUAUUGAAUGAUCGUAUUAAAGUUUAUACAUUUACAUACCAAAGUGGAAGCAAUAUACAUAAUUAAAUUUUAUUUCUUUCUAAAGCGACGAAAACUACACCAACUGGACGUUAUCCGACACCUUAUUCGUACCUGACGGAAGAAUGUAAGAGAACGCAAGAUUUUGCUCUCAUGGCCUGAAAUCGUUGCAGAGACAAUAUUUUCCAGUUCUCUUAUUGGCUAAUCAUAACUCAAUUCCCAACUGAUUUUUUGCCAUCUGGUUGCACUGCUGGUUGCAGAAAGAACGUAACGAUGAUUUUCUCACUUGCAGCACGCGCGGGAGCAAAAUCAUUUCAAAAUUGGAAAAUAUGGCAGAUUUUCUUUCAUAUACGAUUUAAACUGACUUCAGGCGACAUUUUAUACGAUCUUUUUACUAUGCAGUUGGAAUUGCGAUUCGCAUCACCAUAGUAAACGACUUAGUUUAUCUUUUCUGAUACGAUUUUUUGUUUUCUGGGUAGCGUGUUGGCCGCUGUUGAUGAGAGACCAAUCUUCGCAAUCUGCAUUCCACCGUACGCCUUUCUUAGUUUUAUAACUACUGAUUCGUUGCUCAUGCCAGGUAUGCUGAAGAGUGCUUCCUCGAGCUCCUCUGCAGUGGUAAACUCAUCCUUGGUAAAUGUCAGGACCUGCGACCUGCGACCAAGGAAUGCGACCUGCGCUAUCCAAGCGCUAUGGACAGUAACUUCAUCGCUUAGAGUGCUUUCAACAAGCUCCUUGAAGUCGGCGCUUUUUACCGACGGGUCUGUUUUUAGCUCGAAAAGCAGUUCGCCUUUUUGGGUGCGUCUUGUUUUGGUGACGCUCUCGCCAAGAGCAGUAACUUUGGCUCUGCGCGUAGCUUCCGGAAUAGGUCAGCAUACGUUGUGCCUUCUUUUGUUUUCACGAUAAGGGCCUGCCUCCUGGAAAUUACCCGUUUAGGUUUGAGUUUUGGAGGUGGUUCUGGCUUCAUGACGACCUUUCUUUUCGCGUUCUCCAUUCUAUUACGAAUCAUUCGUCAGCCUCCAGCAAUUGCUUCAGCAUUAUGGGAACGCUUGCGCUACCUUUUUCCCACUAGAUGUCUGUUGUUGAAGGGAAAGACUUUACUAUUUGGAGGUAGAACUUGGAAUACUUUAUUACAAUACAUUAUAUCCUAUUUAUACUAAAACCAUCUCUAUGGUACCAUUAAUAACACUACCAUGCCUGUGUUGCUAUUCAUCUCAUGGAUUGCUUCAAUGAGACGAAUUUCAGCACUCCUCCUCAACAAACGCAUUCGCAGUCUCCUGACUGCCUUCGGCGUCUCCUCCUGAGGAUGGAGCUACCGGACGUACCGGAACACGCGCUCGCCCCUGUUGCAUCUCGAUGACCUUUCAUAGGACCAGUUCGACGACCUCCACCGGGAUCUGGCACGACGAUCUCCAGUGGCUUCCGAUCCGACGACCUCCCAAUUGCUCUGGCCCGACGACCUUCCAUGGCUCUGGUCUCGGCGCUCUUCCUGCGGCUUGACACUUCCCUUCCACCUCGACUCCUUUCUUGAGGCCUGAUGUUUCUAGUGGUCUAGCAGGAAGACCUUCACUUGGCGUUCCAGUCCAACGACCUUCCAUGGAACCGGCUUGACGAUCUUCCGUGGUACCCCGCUCGUAAGUCCUCCAGAGGCUCCUGGCCCAACGACCACCACCUGGUUCCUGACUUGACGGUGUUCCAUGAUACCGCCGCCUACCUUCCAUGGCUUUCGGUACAACGACAUAACAGUGAAUCUGGCCCGACGACUGCUUCGUUGUCUAGCGACCUUCCAUGGAACCGGUCCGACGAUCUCACAGUGACUCCGGUCCGACGACUUUGUUGGUUCCGCACUUCCGUUUGCUCUCGACUCGCCGACCUUCUAAGGAUCCGACCAAACGACCUUCAGUGGUACCUGUCCGACGACCUCCCGUGUUUCCUAGCUUGUCGACUUCCACCUAGCUUCCCGAUUUGAUGAUUUUCCAGUUGGUUCCUAGUCCGACAACUUUCCAUGGUCUCCUGCUCGCCGACCUUCCAGUGGCUCCGGCUCAACGAGCUGCGUAUGGCUCUGUACCGACGACCUUCCAGUGGCUCUGGUUCCUGCCUCGAUGACCUCCAAAUGGUUCCUGGUUCGUUGUCCUUUCGGGCUUCGGCUUGUUGCCCUUCCAUCGGCGCUGGCACUUCUUGCCACUGUUGAUUCCGCUUUUCCUCCUUUCAACUAGUGCUGGGCUUAUAACCUGUUGUGCAGCACUUGGGCAGUUGAAAGGAUAGACUUUACUAUUUGGAGGUAAAACUUGGAAUACUUUAUUACAAUACAUUGUGUCUUAUUUAUACAAAAAUCAUCUCUAUAGUUACAUUUCCUAAUUGUUUAUUUCUAAUAACACCACCAUGCGAGUGUUGCUAUUCACCUCAACGAUUGCUUUGAUGAGACGAAUCUCAACAAUUUCACUCCUUUAAAGGCCAGUUCCAUCAGUCACUAGAAUCGCACGGUUAAAAUGUCAUUUAGAACACAUCGUAACUGUAAAACUUUACGAACCUUAAACUUUUUUUUUACUUUUAAAGUUAUUCCGGGACUUUUUAGUUCAUCUUCAUUGAUCUUCUGACCCAGUUAACUGUUCUUCGACAGAAUUCCUUUCCAAAGUCUCUGUUCCUGAAUCGACAGAUACGAAAUCAUAAUCAGCAAACACGAUUUAUUUAACACGAGUUAUACGAUUAAGGCAAUUUGAGAAAAAGACAAAAGAAAAACGACACAAACUUGGCAAAAAAAACGAGGCCCUAAGAGGUGUAAAUGUUCCUUAGAUUUUUUUUUUCGUUCGUAACUAACCUUAAGACAGCAGACAGCAUUUAAAAACUAAGCCAAGAGGUGUAAGAUCACACUUUUAUUGUAAAUAAAGAAUAAAAUUAAAGAAUGCAAGAAGAAACAGGCUAAAGUUCUGUUACAAUAAUUCCAGAUGAACAAGUUGUGUGAACAUAGAAGGAAAACAAACAAACAAAUGCAGUGAGGCUAACACAAAAAAAAGUUGAAGCUGGUUCUCAAACAAACAGUUCUUAACUUGGUUCAUUUUCUUGAUAUUUUUGUUUCUAAAUACAACUGUAAGCAUUUAUGAAAUGUACAAUUAGUUAAGUUUCCCGUUUGUAUUGUUUUGCUGCUAAUUUGUUCUAAGUAAUGAAAUUUUAUCCAUCACAACAAACAGGCACCGAUCGAUUUUAGUUGCAAUUUGUACGCUCAAUAGAGAAGGAAACAAUAACGGAAACGAAAUUGUUAGAAAAAUGAAAUCGUAAACUCUAACCAGUUUAGCGCUAAACCACUACACAAGUAAGCUGUGCAAUUUUAAACUAAUCUUAUUGACCGUCCAUCUUAUGAAAGAAGAAUCUUUGUAUGGGAAUAAUUAUUAUAUAAUCUGAUGUGUACGUAAAACAAAACUACUCUAAGUUAGUGAAAUCAUUUGGAAGCAUUUUGUUUCUUUUCUAACAGAAAGGUAAAGGAAAGUUAUAAACGCAAACUUAAAGAUCGUCGACUAGUAUGAAUGUCGGUUGAAAUCCUCAAACGGAAGAGAUAAAACUAAAUAUUCAAAAGAUGUGAACUAUAAGAAAUCUUAUACCGUAGGAUACCUAUAAAAAAAAAACCUUAUUGAAAAGGUGACGAAUAAGUAAAAUUUUCAGAACAUCAAUCACUCUUAUCAAAACCUAUUAAAUAUUUGUGUAAAAAAAAUACAAACGUAAGAAUACAAGUGUAUUUUCUAAGAACUGUGAUAAAAUAAUGAAGAUAAUUGAAUGAAAGUUUUUAAGUAAAACAGUGUCACUAAUGCAUAAAAGAGAACCACAUUUUUUAUCGACAUGAACACACUAAGUUGAUUUUAAUUUUAGACUAUUUUCGUUUGAAGCUGCACACGUUCUUAUCAAUUGCUGUUAGGGGUUUGUUCGAAUGAAAUGUAACUCAUUUGUUUUCGCUUUCAAAUUAUGAAAGCUUUCAACAACGAACCACGUGAUCUAUUUGAUUUCUCACAAAUUCGUCGAAAUCCUACAAUGAUUCGUUCAACUUUCACCUUCACAAUACCAAUUUGCAUUAUGCUGAUGGAAGCAUUAUGCUGCAUGCAACGUCAAGUUUAUGUCAAAUUCGAUUUGAUACCAGCUAAGAACACAUUAUUGAGAUAUGAUAAGACAUUCACAGAUCCUGAACACACACACAAAUAAACACACAAGUAUACACUGAACAAACAAUUUAUCGAAAACUUCAAUCUUUAGAAGAAAUUUCAAACCUUUUCGUCGUAAACGUAGAUGUAAACAAAACUUUUAAAAAAAAUCGAAAUGAGAGAUAAAAAGUGCAUGAAAAAAGAUACCUUUACCGAAAAAUGUGGUUUAAAAAGCAUGAAACUAUCAAAACUAUUUCUUAGAAAGACCGAUGGAAAAUAAAGAAGAAAACUAGAAAUAAAAAAAAACCUACGAACAGUUUAGCAAAAAUCUAAAGGUUGCAGUUAUAUUUGUACGAAAAUGAAUGACGGUACAGCCCUACUAGUUUGGAGAGUUCGAAUCUCCAUAAGGUUUAAUCGAAAAAGUGGAAUCAAAACUAAAAGCGAUCUACUGAUAUCGCCACAACUAUGGAACUAAAGAGAAAAGCAAAAGAAAUGAAAAGUAUCCCUCCUGGAAAAGCAAAAAACUAUGGUAUGAAAAAAAGUAAACCUGAUCAAUGAUCAUCCUGAAAAAAACACACAGAACGGUUGAAACUGUGUAUGCUAAUGAUCAAGAUGACGAUGGUUGCAAAUAUCUUGUACACACUAUAACUUUCCUUUUUGCUAGGAAUCGAACGAUCAAAAUAAAGUCUUAUAAAUGUAUGUAAAACAUGUG